AUGAAGUAUUGUGCACUUAUACAAAAUUUUCUUGGAUAUGCCAAAUAUACAAAAGCAUACGGAAUACAUGUACCAAGUAAAGAUGAUGACGUUAUACGUAGAGAUGUGAAAGUAACAGAAAAAAUGUUCUACCAGGAAACAGAUAAAAAUUACAAAAAUUAUCCAAAUGUUAUUGAAUUACAACAUAAAGUUACAACAAAGUUACAACAAAGUUACAACAAAGUUACAACAAAGUUACAACAAAGUUACAACAAAGUUACAACAAAGUUACAACAAAGUUACAACAAAGUUACAACAAAGUUACAACAAAGUUACAACAAAGUUACAACAAAGUUACAACAAAGUUACAACAAAGUUACCACAAAGUUACAACAAAGUUACAACAAAGUUACAACAAAGUUACAACAAAGUUACAACAAAGUUACAACAAAGUUACAACAAAGUUACAACAAAGUUACAACAAAGUUACAACAAAGUUACAACAAAGUUACAACAAAGUUACAACAAAGUUACAACAAAGUUACAACAAAGUUACAACAAAGUUACAACAAAGUUACAACAAAGUUACAACAAAGUUACAACAAAGUUACAACAAAGUUACAACAAAGUUACAACAAAGUUACAACAAAGUUACAACAAAGUUACAACAAAGUUACAACAAAGUUACAACAAAGUUACAACAAAGUUACAACAAAGUUACAACAACAUUACAACAAAGUUACAACAUAA